AUGCGCAACCUCAAAAAUGUGCGUCUUCAAGAGACGCGAGUUGAGGGCGAUCUGCCUUUGACUGCCACUGCCUGGGACACUUCGUCCGACUCUAUCGUGUGUACCUUUGGUCCUUCCCAGCACAGCCCAGUCAUCGAGCUUAGAAGGAAGCGCCCCGAGCUCGUUUCCGCUGAUCCACUGAGCCCCAGUGACUUUGAGUGCAUUGCAUCUUGGGAUGCACCAUGCCCACUGCCAGACUUGACAUGCGAUCGAGUUCUUUCUUUGCAUUACUUUGCUGAUAACCUGACCGCAUGUCUGGUGUUGGAGGGCGGUGAUAUUAUCAUGGUGCGCGAGGAGCCCCUCCCAGGAGAGGAUAGGAUUGAAAUCCUUGGCUCAGUUGAUGUGGGAAUCUCAGCUGCAGCAUGGUCUCCAGAUGAGGAGCUUCUAGCUAUCACAACCAGAGCCAAGACGCUCUUGUACAUGACCAGGGAAUUCGAGAACGUGGCAGAAAUCACCCUCUCACAGGCUGAUAUGCAAGCAUCUCAGCAUGUGUCUGUUGGCUGGGGUAAAAAGGAGACACAAUUCCAGGGUAAAAGGGCUAAGGCUAUGCGGGAUCCUACUGUACCAGAGAAGGUUGACGAAGGCAUUCUGAGCACCUAUGAUGAUGCCAGCACUACAAUCAGCUGGCGCGGUGAUGGAGCUUAUGUUGCUGUGAAUACUGUCGAAGAGAGUGCCCGCCGUGUCAUUAGAGUGUACUCGAGGGAAGGCACUUUGGAUAGUGUUAGCGAGCCAGUUGACGGUCUUGAAGGUGCCCUCAGUUGGCGCCCAUCAGGAAACCUUAUCGCAGGAAUCCAAAGAUUGGAAGACAGGAUCGAUGUUGUGUUCUUUGAAAGAAAUGGCCUUCGCCAUGGUCAAUUUACUCUUCGUUUGACCGAGGAAGAACGCAAAACUUGGGCAUCGCACAUUCUACUUUCAUGGAACAUCGACUCAACGGUGCUUGCAGUCCGUUUCAAAGACCGAGUCCAGCUCUGGACAACAGGCAACUACCACUACUACCUCAAGCAGGAGAUUCCUAUUGUGGUUGAUCCUACAGUCAUAACCCCAUACUCCUUCGAAUGGCACCAAGAGAAGGCGCUCCGAGUAGUUGCUGGGUCAUCAGGAUCUAUACUGGAUAUGGACUAUGUCUUUGAUGUCCACCAAGGCUCUACCGUGAUCCCCGAUGAUGUUGGUGCUGUGGCUGUCAUUGAUGGGAAAACUUUGAAGCUUACUCCACUGAGACUGGCCGGUGUGCCUCCUCCCAUGGCCCACAAUGAACUGAAACUAGACUCCAAUGUCAUUGACGUGGCAUUCAGCAAGUCUGGCACUCGAAUCGCCGUACUAAUGGAGUCGAGCUUCUCAAUUUUCCUCUGGUCUCUCAAGAGUCGCCCAGUUCCUAUGCCAAUUCUUGAAUCAAGCUAUCCUCUCUCCGAUGCUAUUGAUAGCCGGCCUCGGCAAAUCGCCUUCGUUGAUGAUAACGAGGUAUAUGUGUUGAAGGACAGUGCACCAAACACAAGUCAUAUUGAGCAAACCAGCCUGGAAACCCGUGAGUCUCGUAUCGUAUACCAAGCCUCUGAUUCCGAGCAACUUUCCUCGAUAUUUGCUGGAAUUGGACACCGGGCUUUGUGGAUUUCACACGCCCGCCAGCCCGGCCACGCCGUUACAUACUCGAGCAUCGAUCUCAUUGAGGGUGAUGAGAUCACUACUCCUUGGGCUGAAGGUCCUACAAUUGACACCCACUGGGCCGGAGCUGUUUCGAUCUCAGAAACCGAGCGAAUCUUGAUAACGAUGACACGGACCGGUGGUUUGUACGCUAAUAAGCGAGUUCUUGCGAAGAAUUGCACCUCUUUCUUGUUGACCCCAUCGCAUCUUCUGUUCACUACAUCUCAACAUCUACUCAAAUUUGCUCAUCUGAACCAUGUGGACGAUAUGGAAGUUCCUGAAGAUACCCCGGAAACCGACGAGAGAUGCCGGAGCAUUGAGCGAGGAUCGAAGCUUGUGUCUGUGAUGCCUUCGGUGUUCGGUGUCGUUCUCCAAGCUCCCCGAGGUAACAUUGAGACUAUCUACCCCCGUGCGCUUGUACUGGCCGGCAUUCGUACCUUCAUCGACCAGAAAAAAUACCGCUCUGCAUUUUUAGCUUGUCGCAGCCAGAUGGUGGACCUGAACAUUCUCCAUGAUUAUGCUCCUCAGCAAUUCUUGGAUAAUGUUUUACUAUUUGUUGAGCAAGUCAAAAAAGUCGAUUUCAUCGAUGAUUUCCUCUCCCGUCUCAGUGAGGAUGAUGUCUCUCAAACUCUGUACAAAGAUACCCUCAAAAUCUCCAAGAAUGAGUCCGCCGUUGUUGCUCAGCCAGAUGCCCCAGCUCUGCCCAUUUCUCUCAGACCUAACGGCAAAGGGGGCAAGAUCAACACUAUCUGCAACGCUUUCUUGGAGGUUCUGCAAAAUCGCCUGGACACAAACUUACAGAAUUUGAUCACUGCGCACGUGUGCAAGUCACCACCUGAUUUGGAGGCUGGCUUGAAUCUGGUUGCACGUUUGAGAACAGAAAAUCCGGAGCAAGCUGACGAUGCUGUUGAGCACAUGUGUUUCUUGACAGAUGCAUACCGUCUCUAUUCCCAUGCACUUGGAAUUUACGACCUUGAACUCACUCUUCUGGUGGCCCAACAAGCGCAGAUGGAUCCCAGAGAAUAUCUUCCGUUCCUCCGCAAGUUGCAGCAAUUGCCUGAAGUACGUCGUCAAUUUGAGAUUGACAAUCACCUCUCUCGAUUCAUCAAAGCCUUGAAACAUCUCUUUACAUUGGGGGCACACGAUGAGGUUCUUGGCUAUGUGACCAAGCACGUAUUGUACAAAGAGGCUCUUGACAUCUACAAAUAUCAGCCAGAGCAGCAAAAAGAGAUCACACAUCUCUACGCCGACUACCUCUCUGGCGAAUCUAACCACAAGGAUGCCGCAAUUGCUUACGAAUCACUCGAGGUAUACGAAGAGGCCUACAAAUCGUACCACUUGGCUCAUAUGUGGCGAGAGUCUCUUUACUGUGCCAUGAUGGCCUCACUAUCCGAGGAGGACAUGCUCGCCCAUACCAACGACCUCAUCGUCACCCUCGAUGAGGCUCGUGACUUUGUUUCAGCAGCAACAAUCCAUGCAGAGCACUUGCAUGACAUCGAAACUGCUGCACAGCUUCUGUGCCGAGGUUCGAAGUUUGCUGAUGCUGCGCGCCUGCUAACCCUGCACGGCAAAAAAGAACUGGUCGCAGGAAUCGUUGACACCGGGCUGGCAGAGGCAAUGGGCUCAAUGACAGAUUUGCUUGCCGACUGCAAGUCUCAGCUCACUUCCCAAGUGCCUCGCGUCCGCGAAUUGCGCAUUCUUCGCAUUGCAGACCCUCUGGCUUUCUACGGAGGAGACCCCACAGGUGGAGAAGGCGGAGUCGAUAUCCCCGAUAACGUUUCUCUGGCUCCCACCGAGGCGACCACACUGGCCGGCAAAACCAUGUUCACUCGUUACACCGGGAAGACUUCAUCAUCCCGCAACACCUCCAAGACUCGCCGUCGGGAGGAGCGCAAGCGUGCGAAGGGUAAGAAGGGUACGAUCUACGAAGAGGAAUACUUGGUCAAUAGUAUUCGGCGACUUAUGGAACGAGUUAACUCUGCUGUCAAGGAAGCAGAGGCACUGGUAGAUGCCCUUCUGCGCCGCAGCAUGCGCGAAAGAGCUGCUGCUGUCGAGAAAGCGCUGGAGGAUGUCUUGGAGAUGUGUGCAGACUGUCGUGAAGACGUUUUUGAGAUUGCGGCUGCACCGGCGAAGAAGGAGGACGAGGAUGAAGAUGGGGAAGAACAGAGAAUCAAGAUGACUGCUGGUUCUCGCGUGCUCGAUGAGAGCAUGGCGGCCAUUGCCAUGGGUGGGGUUGCCCGGAAAGAGGCGCCCGUUGUGAAGGAGAUUAAAAAGUCUUCCCUGCUCGCUUAG